CCAAGCCGGAAGUUGGUCAGGCUGCCUCUGCUGAUCAAGGUGUUCUCACUCCUCACUUGGAGAUGGCGGCUCCCCAGUUCACCCUCCAUGUCCUCUUGGUUGCCUUGCUCACUUGCCCUGUGACUACCUAUCCCAAUGGAAGAGUACCAAUGGCCUGUAGUGGGAUGAUCCCCCAGCAUAACCACAGCCCACAGUCUGAGCCUGUUCACCAGAUCACAGUGAGUCAGACGACGUUCAAACCUGGAGACCGGAUCAAAGUUACUUUAUCAGGACCACCAUUUAGAGGCUUUCUUUUAGAAGCUCGGGAUGCUGAGGAUUUGAGUGGCUCUCCUAUUGGCUCCUUCACUCUGAUUGACAGCGAAGAGUCACAGCUUCUUACCUGUGAUGAUGUACAGGGAUUAGCUGUAAGUCAUACAAGUUCCUCCAAGAAGACAGAAAUUAAAGUCUACUGGAAUGCUCCACGCAGUUCCCCAUAUCACAUACGAUUUCUAGCCACAGUUGUUGAGAAAUAUAAAAUCUACUGGGUGAAGAUUCCAAGUCCCGUAAUUUCCCAACCAAAUGCUCCUCCCUUUACAACACCUACAGCUACAACAGAACCUUUGACAACAACACUUCCUGUCUCACACUUAACCAAACCAUUCAGUGCCUCCGAGUGUGGGAACAAGAAGUUCUGUGUCAGGAGUCCUUUGAACUGUAACCCAGAGAAUGAGCCUGCAUGUGUCUUCCUGUCCUUCACCAGAGAUAACCAGUCGGUGAUGGUUGAAAUGAGUGGACCCAGUGAUGGCUACGUGUCGUUUGCAUUUUCUCAUGAUCAGUGGAUGGGUGAUGAUGAUGCUUACUUGUGCAUCCAUGAGGACCAGACAGUGUAUAUACAGCCUUCCCACUUGACAGGGAGAAGUUAUCCUGUGAUGGACUCCAGGGGAACUCUCGAGGAUAUGGCCUGGAGGCUGGCAGACGGAGUCAUACAAUGCUCAUUCAGAAGAAACAUCACCCUUCCUGAGGUUAAGAACAGAUUUGUGCUGAAUGAAAGCUACUACAUAUUCUUUGCGGAAGGCGCAGCUCACGAUGGUCGAAUUUUCAGGCACUCUCAGCAACCUUUGAUAACAUAUGAAAAAUAUGACGUGACAGGCCCUCCAAAGAACGUAGGGGGAUCCCGCUCUUCACCCCUUUUAAAGGCUCACGGUGCCUUAAUGUUUGUGGCAUGGAUGACCACAGUCAGCAUAGGAGUCCUGGUUGCCAGGUUCUUCAGAUCUGUUUGGUCAAAAGCUUUCAUCCUUGGAGAAGCAGCUUGGUUUCAGGUGCAUCGGACGCUCAUGGUUGCUACCUCUGUGCUCACCUGCAUUGCUUUUGUUUUGCCUUUUGUGUACCGAGGAGGCUGGAGUCGGAUUGCUGUUAUGCUCAGAGGUGGAUAA